AACUUAUAUAGGUACAGUGGCCCAUUUGUGAAUAUUUACGGCGACAGAGGCAGAACAAGUUUUAAAGUUUCAACAAUAAAGCUUACCUAUGGAGAAUGCGACAUAUGUGUCCUCCUCAAAAGACAAAGAAGGUGUUGAAUGGAGUGCCAAUUUUGAAUUCUAUCCAUUUUUUGUUGGAUUACACAUGAUCAUAUACAAGGGCUUAAUGUUCGUACCCGGAAUAUUUUUCAGCAAAAAGAAAGCUGUUAUCAAAGUUCCAAGAGAAAGUAUCCCAAUCUCAGGAAAUGAAUGUACGUCGGACAAUCUGCCACAAGAAAUAAGCCUAUCGCUGAAAGCUGAACAAUUUACAGACAUCUACCUUCAAAGUUCAGAUAUAAAAGAUUAUACUGACAAGAAGCCUGGCUUUCGCCUACAAUUUACAAGGCCUUUGGCUACCUCGAUGGAGUCUGUCUCUGGAAUGAACAACUUAUGUCGUGUGUUUUCAAGAACUCCUAAACGGUUACAGAAGGGGGAAUGGAUACUCAUAGAAGAAAGUUUGAAAGGUGAAUUCCAUACGUUUAUUGACAGUCAAGGAAAAAGCCAUAACGCUGACCCUUUACUUGUGGCCUUGUGUCACUUUUCGUACGAAAAUAGUGAUAAUGAGCUCGUCAUGUGUAACAUCAAGGGAGUAAAGGGAGAAAACUCAAUCUCCUUAUCAGUUCCUAUUAUUCAUUCCAUUGACAAAAGAUAUGGAUCACGUGAUGAAGGAUCAGAAGGGAUAAAAAGAUUCUUUGCUAACCACAAAUGUAACUCUCUUUGUAACAACUUUGCUGGCUAUUCACACAGUGCAACAUUUAGAAAAUCUGUGUCCUAAUUUGUACAACUGAGUUGUAUACAGUGAUAGUGAACAUUUUACUAUGUCAUACGGCCAUGUCAUAACUAUGAUAUUACACACGUGUAAUAAAAACCGUGGGAACAUAUUCCUACGCCACUACAAAAUUGUGCACUUCAUGAACUGAUCUUUUUCUGAUAAAAUUUAAUGCUUUUUAUAAAUUUGAAAUGUCUAUUUUGUCGUUUUUAUUU